AUGGCACCAGGUCCUACUGGGGCCUCUGGAGGUGGUGCUGGAGGUGCUGCUGGUGGUGCUGCUGGUGCUGGAGGUGCUACUGGAGCUUCAGGAGGUGCUGCUGGUGCUGGAGCUACUGGAGGUGCUGGCGCUGCUGGAGGUGCUGGUGCUGCUGGAGGUGCUACUGGAGGUGCUAGCGCUGCUGGAGGUGCUGGUGCUGCUGGAGGUGCUGCUGGAGGUGCUGCUGGUGCUGGAGGUGCUACUGGAGCUUCUGGAGGUGCUGCUGGUGCUGGUGCUACUGGAGGUGCUGGCGCUGCUGGAGGUGCUGCUGCUGCUGGAGCUGCUGGAGGUGCUGGUGCUGGAGGUGCUGCUGAGGUUGGAGACCCUGGGUCCUCCUCCUCCUUUCCUUAG